UUUGACAGUCUUCUCAUGCUGCCUCUGCCACCUUCUCAGUCAGAAGAUACCAUUUCAACUCUAACGAAGCAUGAUCGAAACUUAUAGCCAACCUUCUCCCCAAUCUGUUAGCACUGGACCUUCCAUCAGUAUGAAAAUUUUUAUGUAUUUACUUUCUGUUUUUCUUAUCACCCAGAUGAUUGGGUCAGCACUUUUUGCUGUGUAUCUUCACAGAAGGUUAGACAAGAUAGAAGACGAAAGGAAUCUUCAUGAAGAUUUUGUGUUCAUGAAAAUGAUACAGAAAUGCAACAAAGGAGAGGGGUCCUUAUCCUUACUGAACUGUGAGGAAAUUAGAAGCCAGUUUGAAGCCUUAAUCAAGGAUACGAUGGCAAACGAAGAGGUAAAGAAGAAAGAACAGCACUUUGAAAUGCAAAGAGGUGCUCAGGAUCCUCAAAUUGCAGCACAUGUCAUAAGUGAUGCCAGUAGUAAAACAGGAUCUGUUCUACAAUGGGCCAAAAAAGGAUAUUACACCAUGAGCAAUAACCUGGUAACCCUCAAAAAUGGGAAGCAGCUAACCAUCCAAAGAGAAGGACUCUAUUAUGUCUAUACCCAAGUCACCUUCUGCUCCAAUCGGGAAGCUUCGGGUCAAACCCCAUUUAUAGUCAGCCUCUGCCUGAGGUCCACGAGUGGAUCUGAGAGAAUCUUACUCAGAGCAGCAAAUACCCACAGUUCCUCCAAACCUUGUGGGCAACAAUCCAUUCACUUGGGAGGAGUAUUUGAAUUGCAAUCCGGUGUUUCAGUAUUUGUCAACGUGACUGAACCAAGCCAAGUGAACCACGGAAUCGGCUUCACAUCUUUCGGCUUACUCAAACUCUGAACAGUGUAACCUCUCUGGCUGUGGCUGAGCUGAUGCUGGCAGUCUUCAUAAUACAGCAAAGCAGUUAAGACCACCCUCUGUUGAACCGCCUAUUUAUAACCCUAGGAUCCUCCUCAUGGAGAACUAUUUAUUAUACACCCCAAGGCAUAUAGGGCUGUGAUGAGUGAAUUAUAGGGUGGGUAGAACUAAAACAGACCUUGCUCCAUAAGAGCUCACAUUCUGAAGCAGAAACCCCACUGAUGCAGACAUCCAGAGAAUCAUAUGAAAAGACCAAAUCAUUAUGGACAGAUUGAAUUCUGAGUAAACAUCAGAUAAUUAGCCAUGUUUAGUUUUGUUUCUUUGUGUGCGGUGUCUUUCAGUGGAUAAUGUAUUUGAUUUACCGGUGGAGAUGAGAAAGGGAAAUGGGAGAAUCCUCAGCUCACAUUCAGUUAUGGUUGACUCUGGGUCACUGAGGCCCUGAUGGAGGGGGCCAGGAUCUAGAAAGUCCAAGGCAGUGGAGAAUGGAAAAAUCCUGCCCCCAUCAUGUACCCUGACAUGCACCCUGACACUCAGUCUCUCCUUUUAUCUUUCUCUCUCUCACUCACACACACACACACAUCACAGAGUCAGGAAGUUGCUAAUCAGUUAUCUUAUUUCAAUCCUGUCUCGAUCUCCACCACUGUAGAUAGGAGUAGAAGUGUGGGGCAGGGAAAGCAGCACCGAGCCCUGCGCACUCCUCAUCAUGAAAUGACUGUAUUUAUAGGAAAUCUAUUGUAUCUAUCUGCAGUCUCCAUUGUUUCCAGAGUGAACUUGUGAUUAUCUUGUUAUUUAUUUUUGAAUAAUAAAGAUCCCAUAACAUUA